AUGGCCUCUGUUCCACGUUCUAAUGGCGUCCAGUCACCCGCAGUUGGGGUUGGACCCUCUUAUCGCCCUGAGGGAGAGAAGCCCACGGCAACGGUAUCAAGAGAAGUCCAACAAGAGAACGUCCAUGUCCUACCGCAAACCCCACAACUGAUCGCCCUUCUGACCAUGAUUCGGGACAAGAACACCCAGAGGGCCGACUUCAUCUUCUAUUCCAACCGAAUCAUUCGCCUCCUAGUUGAGGAAGGCCUUAACCACCUCCCCGUUGUCACCCACACCGUGACAUCCCCAGUAGGAAAAGACUAUGUGGGCGUACGGUUCGAGGGCAAGAUCUGCGGUGUCUCGAUCAUGCGAGCAGGCGAGUCCAUGGAAGAAGGCCUACGGGAAUGCUGUCGGUCUGUCCGGAUUGGCAAGAUCCUCAUUCAACGCAACGAAGAGACCAGCAAACCCAAGCUUUUCUAUGAUAAGCUGCCUCCCGAUAUCAAGGACCGAUGGGUGCUCCUACUCGACCCGAUGCUUGCCACUGGUGGUAGUGCAAUCAUGGCCGUCGAGGUCUUGAAGAGUAAAGGUGUCCCGGAAGACCGCAUCCUCUUCCUCAACCUUAUUGCGAGUCCUGAAGGAAUCGAAAACUUUGCAAAGAAGGUCCCCAAGGUUAGGGUCAUUACGGCCUUUGUGGAUCAAGGUCUUGAUGCACACAAUUAUAUCGUUCCUGGACUCGGUGAUUUCGGCGACCGCUUUUAUACCCUCUGA